UCUGGGGAGAACGUCUCGACUUCCGGGGCACUGGGCCUCAUCUGUGAAGUCGCAUCUGCAGCGCCCCCGCCUCGUGGGGCUCUCACGAGGACUGAAGUUCUAACAGCGCCUGCUCAUGGGGGCCUCCCCCGCCCCGGGCCCUGUACUGAGAACCGCGCUUGCUUCUCGUCGCACUGAACUCCUGCAGCCCCCUGGGAGGGUGGCGUUAUUUGAAAAGCCUCAUCCACCGCACACAGCUAGGGAAGGGGCCUGGCCGCGGUGUCCUGGAAAUCGGGGCCUUUGCCCCAGCUGCCAUGUGCCCGCCUGCCUGAAGCCCCACUGAGUCAGGCCAGCCCAGCUCAAGGGACCUGCAGUGGCCUCUGAUGACCUCACCCACCCCCAGCCCACCUCUGGGCCACCUCUCGGGUCCCCCAUCCCUGCGCUGUCCCAGCCUCAAAUCCCAGCCCCGGCUCCCUCUUGACGGUGCCUCUGCCCUCUGGCCAGGCAGAGGGUUCUGAGCCUCCUGGAGGCCAAGAAGACAGGCUCGGUGCCAGGCGCCUGCUGCCAGCUCCGGGGCACAGCAAUUUCGGUCUCAAGGAAACCUCCCACUUGGAAGAAGUACCUGGAGUCGGCGGUGAGCUGAGGAUUUCCUUCCACUGCUGACUGAUGCAGUUCUGUCAGUCAUGGAAAUUGGCACAGGGCACAGCUCUUCGCAGCAGAACCACCGCUGGCAACAAAGGCCUCAGGUCCAGAACAACAGCGCUUUGUGAGGAGCCUCCAAAACAAAGGGAGGAGGACAUGGCCACCAAGGAGAAGCUGCAGUGUCUCAAAGACUUCCACAAGGAUAUCCUGAAGCCAUCCCCAGGGAAGAGCCCAGGCACACGGCCUGAGGAUGAGGCUGAGGGGAAGCCCCCGCAGAGGGAGAAGUGGGCCAGCAAGAUUGACUUUGUGCUCUCCGUGGCUGGCGGCUUCGUCGGCUUGGGCAACGUCUGGCGGUUCCCGUACCUCUGCUACAAAAAUGGUGGAGGUGCAUUUCUCAUACCGUAUUUCAUUUUCCUGUUUGGGGGCGGCCUGCCUGUGUUUUUCCUGGAGGUAAUCAUAGGCCAGUACACCUCUGAAGGGGGCAUCACCUGCUGGGAAAAGAUCUGCCCCUUGUUUGCCGGUAUCGGCUAUGCCUCCAUUGUGAUCGUGUCCCUCCUGAACGUAUACUACAUCAUCAUCCUGGCCUGGGCCACGUACUACCUGUUCCAGUCCUUCCAGUCGGAGCUCCCCUGGGCAAACUGCAACCACAGCUGGAACACGCCCCAGUGCUUGGAAGACACCUCGCGCAGGAACAAGAGCCUGUGGAUCUCCCUCAGCACCGCCAACUUCACCUCCCCCGUCACCGAGUUCUGGGAGCGUAAUGUGCUGAGCUUGUCUUCUGGAAUUGACGAACUGGGAGCUCUGAAGUGGGACCUUGCUCUCUGCCUUCUCCUCGUCUGGCUGGUCUGUUUCUUCUGCAUCUGGAAGGGCGUCAAGUCCACGGGCAAAGUUGUCUACUUCACCGCCACUUUCCCGUUCGCUAUGCUCUUGGUGCUGCUGGUCCGGGGACUGACGCUGCCCGGUGCAGGCGCAGGCAUCAAGUUCUAUCUGUACCCCGACAUCAGCCGCCUGGAGGACCCACAGGUAUGGAUCGAUGCUGGGACCCAAAUAUUCUUCUCCUACGCCAUCUGCUUGGGGGCCAUGACCUCGCUGGGGAGCUACAACAAGUACAAGUACAACUCGUACAGGGACUGUAUGCUGCUGGGAUGCCUGAACAGUGGUACCAGUUUUGUGUCUGGCUUCGCAAUUUUUUCCAUCCUGGGCUUCAUGGCACAAGAGCAAGGGGUGGACAUUGCUGAUGUGGCUGAGUCAGGUCCUGGCCUGGCCUUCAUCGCCUACCCGAAAGCCGUGACCAUGAUGCCGCUGCCCACGUUUUGGUCCAUCCUGUUCUUUAUUAUGCUUCUCUUGCUCGGACUGGAUAGCCAGUUUGUGGAAGUGGAAGGACAGAUCACGUCCUUGGUUGAUCUUCACCCAUCCUUCCUAAGGAAGGGUUUCCGCCGGGAAAUCUUCAUCGCCUCCAUAUGUUGUGUCAGCUACCUGCUGGGGCUGACCAUGGUGACGGAGGGUGGCAUGUAUGUGUUUCAGCUCUUUGACUACUAUGCAGCUAGCGGUGUAUGCCUUUUGUGGGUUGCAUUCUUUGAAUGUUUUGCUAUUGCCUGGAUAUAUGGCAGUGAUAACUUUUAUGACGGUAUUGAGGACAUGAUCGGCUAUCGGCCUGGGCCCUGGAUGAAGUACAGCUGGGCCGUGGUCACUCCGCUUCUCUGUCUUGGAUGUUUUAUCUUCUCUCUCGUCAAGUACGUGCCCCUGACCUACAACAAAGUCUACGUGUACCCCAACUGGGCCAUCGGGCUGGGCUGGAGCCUGGCCCUGUCCUCCAUUGUGUGUGUCCCCUUGGUCAUGGCCAUCCGCCUCUGCCAGACGGAAGGGCCAUUCCUCGUGAGACUCAAGUACCUGCUGACCCCGAGGGAACCCAACCGUUGGGCCGUGGAGCGAGAGGGGGCGACGCCCUACAGCUCCCGCAUGUCCGUUAACAACGCGCUCAGGAAACCAACCCACAUCAUAGUGGAGACCAUGAUGUGAGCUCUCUCCCAGUCGACGGGCUGCUUUCCUGCUGUUUACUAACAUUAGAUUCUUAUAGGACCAGGUUUACAGAGCUUUAUAUUUGCACUAGGAUUUUUUUUAAAUUGUCACAGAAAAUGUGUGUGUGUGUGCGUGCGUGUGUGUGCGUGUGUGUGUGUGUGUGUGUGUGUGUGUGUGUGUGUGGUGUCAUGUGUAUGUGUAUUUUGUUUUGAUUUGGGAAUAUUUUGUACAAAAAGAAUACCCACGGGCAGCUGUCCGGGGUGAGGCAGAGCUUUCAUAUGGAAUUUGAUGUAUUUUAUGGGAACUUGGUCAAUUUUUCUUUGUAUUUUUUUUUAACAUAUAACUAUGUAUACACGUCGAGAUU